AUGUCGCGCAAAGCGAAAGUGGUGCCCAGCGAGAAAGAGAGCUGGGACCGACCACGCUAUUUUGUGUUUAGCAGGGGCUAUGGCCCACCGAAAGCCAACCUGAUUGGAGCGUCCCCGGAGAAAGGGGAGAUUCUUGUGCUGCUCCAUCUUCCCGAAAAGUCAGAGAUCACUGAAGACAAGCUCCAAGCAUGCAAAGAAGUGCUGGCGCAGAUGAAGCAACUCUUUGGAAGAAGCGGCACCUCCGUGCCACGUGCUGUCAUUUUGCUGGACUUGUAUCCCACCUGCGCUGGCAUGUCCGAAUCCAUUGCCAAAGUGCUGGACGAUGAAGGCGCAGCUGAGAAGCUCCAGAAAGGCAUCGCCACCAAAGCCGCGCGGGCCCUGGAACGGCUUUGUUUACAUGGCGCCACCUUAGUCGCCCCAGAGGGAACCGCACAGCUGGCCUUGAAGUUACUGUGUAGUUCUCGUUUGCUCCCUGGUGCCGUGCAGCGCUUAGUCUUGAUUCAUCCACGCCUGCCCGCGUCCUGUGUGAACCACACGCUCACCGUGAAGUCGCAGCUCUCCGAAAGCCUCCAGGUGAUCUUCGACUCCGAACUCACACAGCAGAAGCGCCUCGUCGCCCUGCAGGGCGCCUUCCGCGCCGUGACGCACGCCGUCUGCGAGGACCUCACCACCGCCCUGGCGCGCGGCCUGGGCGGAGGCGAGGAGGUGAAGGAAGACGGCGCGGUGAACGAGGAGCUGGGAGAAGUGAUGUUUGUGAGUCAAUUGACCAUUGAGGUGGAUCCCCGAAGCAAACAGCUCAGGGCUGACUUGGAAGAUAUCACUUCAAUGGUGGAUUUGGAUGAGACGCCAGUGGAAAACGGUCCAGAGGAUGUAACUGCCCAAGCGAACGAAGUGGCGGCCUUCGUUGUUCGUGGCAAUCGCUGCAUUCUGAUCAGAAGCUUGGGCAGCCCACCACAAUGGCAGGGCAUGCGCAUUCCCUCCAUCGAAGCCGGGGCAGAUGAGGAAGUGAUACGGACAGCCUUCCGCUCUGUGGAAGAGUUCUGUGAGGUAGAAGGCUCGGAGAUAGAUCAACUUCCAGUGCCUCCUAUAGCUCUUUAUGGAAGCCAUGGCAACCGUAUAGACAUGAUUUGCUUCAGAGCUGUCCAUCCACCAGCAGGCCCUUUGGAGGAGUAUGACGUUUCAGACCACGAGGAUCUCUAUGAUUGGUACACUUGGCCCAGAGCUCUGCAUGCUUUGAGCCAGCGACCUAAUGAGGUCCGCGCUCUGCACACUGCGGCGUUGGUCUUGGCCAAUGCAGCAGCGGCAGGUGUCCUUCCCAUCGAGCAUGGGGGCGUGUUUGGACAGGAGUGGACCGAGAGCAUCUUGAGCCUUCCGAGCAUGAAGCCGCCUGAGGCGGACUUCAAGAGCGCCAUCGAGCUGUCCACGCUGUCCACGCCUACUCGAAAGCUUCCGGUGACGGUGCUUUCAGGCUUCCUGGGCGCGGGCAAAUCCACCUUGCUGCACCAUUUGCUGGGAAACCGCGAGGGUUUAAAGAUCGCUGUCAUCGUAAAUGACAUGGCCUCGGUGAACGUGGACGCCAUACAGCUGGAUGGAGCCAAGUUGCUCCGUCAAGACGAGCAGAUGAUUGAACUCUCCAAUGGUUGCAUUUGCUGCACCCUCCGUGAGGAUCUACUGCUUGGAUUGAGAUCGUUGGCCAAAGAGGAGCAGUUCGACUACGCCCUGGUGGAAUCCUCCGGCAUUUCCGAACCGCUGCCCGUGGCCGAGACCUUCACCUUCGAAGACAACGGGACCUCCCUGAGCCAGGUGGCGCAGCUGCAGAACCUCGUCACCGUGGUGGAUUGCUCCACCUUUUUGAAGGAGAUGUCUAGCCAAGAGGCCUUGAGCGACCGCCAGUGGCAGGCGGAUGAGGAGGAUCAGCGAGGGAUUGCUGGAUUGCUCUUCGACCAAGUGGAGUUUGCAGACAUGAUUUUGCUGAACAAAGUAGAUCUCGUGUCCCCGGCGGACCUGGCAAAGAUUCGGGCCUUGAUCGGCAAGAUCAACCAGGAGGCUGAGAUCAUGGAGACCAACUUCUGCAAGCUUGCUCCGCGCAGCAUCUUCGAGGUGGCCAGGUUCAACCUCCCCAGUGCGGAAGCCAAUCCGAAAUGGCUGGCGGAGGCGCGGCACGCCGAGCACGUGCCCGAGUCCGUGCAGUACGGCAUCAACUCCUUCAUCUUCCGCAGCCGACGACCCUUCCAUCCCCAACGGCUCUAUGGGGCGAUGGAGAACAAGACACGAGGCGAUGGAGAUGGAGCACUGGAGCAGGUGGUGCGAAUGAAGGGGAUUGUUUGGUUGGCUUGUCACAAUGAUACGCAGUUGACGGCCUCGUUCGCAGGUUGUAAGUUCAACGUCGCUUUGGGCCCUCUCUGGUGGGCAGUGGUGCCCCGUGAAGAAUGGCCAGAAGGGCUGGAGGGUGAAAUCAAACCCUUGUGGGACGAGAAAGUGGGCGAUCGGCAGAAUGAGAUUGUUUGCAUUGGAAUUCACAUGGAUCAAACUGCUGUGAUGGCAGCACUGGAAGAGUGCCUCCUCACAGCAGAAGAGUUGGCACUGGGGCCCGACCAGUGGUCCCAGUGGGAGGAUCCGUGGUGCGUCGAAGAUCUGGAUGAGAUGGAGAACACAGAGACACACCAUCAUGGGCACAGCCAUGGCGGACCCGCUCAAGAGCCGGCUCGGCACCGCGUGUGCUGGGCAGGCAAGGUGGCCGACGGAUGGAGCGAUGACGCCGUGGAAGGAGAGAUUUCUUCCGACCUGCCAGCUGGGAAAAAGACAAACGUGCUGGCAAUGCGGGGAUGGUGGGGUGGUUGUGACUUCCACUCUUUACCUUUUGACUUCUCACGCCACUUUGGGGCAGUGCUAGUGCCGGCUGGCUUCAGACGUUUCAAUUUGUUCAACGAUUCUUUGGUGAUGAUUUCCACUGCUCGAGCCUUAGCAGUGUUGCUGCCCGUGGCCUUGAUGAGGCUGUUGACCUUAGCCACCGCGGCAGCCUGGUUGUUGCUGACGGAGCUUCUUUGCUUGCCACUCUCGAUCAUCCCAAUUUUGAGGCGGCCUGUGCAGUCACUCAUGACCUACGCCGGCUGCUGCCUGGCCAUGAUCGGCUUGGGCUUCUGGUUCGUCGCCGGCGGCAAUCAAGUGGCAGAUCAUCGAAGGCUGAAACUGGUUCCUCCCAAGGUGAGCCGAUCCUUUUGCUUCGACGCACAACGGGGUUGCCUGGUGAUCGCCAACAUGCAGGGCUUGACCGAUGUCUUGUACCUUGGAAUGAAGCUGUGUCCUGUCUUCGUGUUUCCAGCGGCUGACGGGACGCCCGUGGCCUAUUCGCUACUGGGCGCCCUUCGCCGGGCCAGUAGCGACCCUCCACCGGCGCCGGCCUCCAAGCAAACGCUGGCUGACAUUGCCAAAGCUGCACAUGCAGGUUGGAGUGGGCCGGUGGUCGUCUUUGCCGAGGGAGCUCGCACCAACGGAAGUGCCAUCUUGGCCUGGAAGCCGGAAACCUUCGCUGGUUUGGAGGCGAUGGACAAGCCUCAUGGCACCGCCCUGGUGGCCUUGGAGUAUUCCAAGGGCGGCGCCUACACGCCGCAUCACACGGUGGGAGAUGUGGUUCGGCAUGUUCUGCAUCUUUGCCUGCAGCCUUUCCACAUCGUCAAGGCCUGUUGGCUCCCCGCCUGCGACGUGGCGGUGGCCGUGAAGGGCAAGUCCCUGGCGGAGUCCACGGCCUUGCUGCGCACGGUUCUCUCAAGGAUGCUUCCAGGGGCCGUGGAAGUGGAAGUCAAUGCCAACAAGCAUCGAGACUUCAUGGAGUUCUGGGAUGCUGCGCAGCAGAAGGGCUACACAAAAGCAUCGAAGCCCACAUCGAAGUCGAAAGCAUCCAAGUUGUCCUGA